GCGAACGAGCCUCCUCGCCUGCCUGUCAGCAGCACCGCCGCUCCCGACAGCGAGCACACGCCGCUAUCUUUAGAACAGCCACGACACCUUUGGAGUGGUACAAGCUAACUGCGCGACCCGAGAGGACGUUCUCGUCUCUGCUGUGGUCAGCACUGCCCAUCCGUGUCCCUCUCUCCUAUGUAUGUUUCAGCCUGAGGCAUGGGGGAAUGACGUCCCUCUUCUCUCUUCGGCGUCCCUCCACCUGAGAAGCGCACUCGAGGAUGCUUCGUCCCGGACGAGUGGAGCGCUCGCCCCUGGCCGUCCUUUCGCCCGGGGUCCUAUUCUGUAUUAUUCUCGCCGCUGUUAGUGCUAGCGUGCCAGUUCUAGUGGAUAACUGCCCUGACUACAUAGAUUGUGCCAAAAAGGGACGGCACUUCUGCAAACAAGGCUCCUCCCACUGUGGCCCGUGUCUCGCCUCAUUGGAGGAGGACAAUGAAGGGCACUGCGUGUCCCCAAAGAGACGCCCUCACCACAGUAAAGAGACUUCCCUUACUGACCUAGACCAAGAAAUUGACUACCUGUCUUCAAUCAUUGCCAAGCAGCAAGUGUCAGAUGUGAACCAGCCAGCUAUGAGCCAACCAGUCUCUGCCUCCUGGUCUAGCCCCCAGUCCCAGUCAGAUGGGGGAAAGAAUCCGUCCAGGCCAAAGAACAUGUCUCACUCCGCCACGGCCAUGCCCGCCAGCAACGGACCUUCCACUGUGUCCCAACACACCUCCAGUCCUACAGAGCCAGGCACUGACCACCCAGGAAGGAGCAAACACAUCGCCAUGUCCUUUCCUAGGGACAGCCUACUCAUCCUCAUAACAUCUGUGUGCAUCAUCAUGGGGACUGUAGCUAUCAUCCUGGCCAUUGUCUGCUGGGUCAGGUUACAGAAGGAAGCCCAUCUAGCUGAGAAAGUUGAUUACCCAGCCUUUCCUGGAGCAGUGGCCAGCUCCAGAAACAUCUCUCCAGGGGAUAAGAACCUGGCUCACAGUGCCCAGAUGUAUCAUUACCAACACCAGAAACAACAGAUGCUCUCAUUGGAAAAAAACAAAUCUGAAACUAAACUCUCCGAGUCUGGAGUGUCGGAUGAAGAAAAUGAGGAAGGAGACUUCACGGUGUACGAGUGUCCCGGCCUUGCCCCGACUGGAGAGAUGGAAGUGAAGAAUCCACUGUUCGAUGACUUUACUCUACACCCAGGAAGGAACCACAAGUGACCUGGAUGCGUAUAAACACACCCACACACACACACACUUAAAAUAAACUUUCGGUCACAAGUUUGUUGACGAUGGAUGGAGCUUGAUGGUAUAAAUAUGUGCACCUGCACACACACUUGCACACACAAAUCUAAACAUGUCUUCUGCUGGAAGGUGUGACUUGAUGCCCUUUUAUUAGGCCCCUCAGAACAAAUGGAGUAAAGGGAACAUCUUUAAGCCCAAAGGAGGAUGAAGAGUGAAUGAAAUAAAAGCAAAAGUGAACUUUUCAUUUGUAAAGAAUCCUAAUAAACACAGUGGACUCUGGCAACCUACAAAGCAGACUGAUUCUCCUGGGCUCUUUCCUAUUAUACAUCUUACACUUGGCUCUUGGUAUUUUUCCAUUCUGCUUUUAAAACAGACACUUCCUGUGCCCAUGUUUUUAGUCAUCAUUCAUCAUCCAUAUUUCCUCUUUGUUUAACUCUUGACCUUCAGAUUUUUCAUUAUUUAAUCAGUGGGUAUGUUUCUCUUUUUCCUUUUUGUAAAGCUGCUUCCCAAAGCUCUUGUUCAAAUGUGAUUAAAUUUCAAUAAGCUGUGUAUUUAAUACACUCUUCUCAUUUUGUGCCAUUCUAAGGUUCUAUUUGAGCACCUUUACCGAUGCCUGUCUCCGUUUGGGACAAGCACCUUCACUGCAAUGUCCUGCUGUUUCCUCGCUCCUUCUUUGCUGUUUUUUGUGUAUUUUCCAGUUUUAUACUCAUCUAGUAGGCCCUACUAUUCACAUGGGAAAAUUAUCAGAUGUUCUGAAUAAAAAUGUCACUGAAAUGUUUAAAUCCUCAAGUCACUUUGGUAGAAAUUAAAUUAAACCUUUGAAACAUGCUA